UAAAUCAGGCCCCUCGUUUCCACUAGCUAGUCAGAUUCCACAGCCAUAAAGUCAACAUUGGAUACACAAAUUUGCUUUUUGGUUUUAAUUUAAGGUCAGGGUUAGGCACAAGGUGAGGGUUAAGGUUAGGAUUAGGUUUAAAAUCACAAUUUAAGAAGAAGAAUUGUACAAAUGGGCGGGGUUUAGCCUAUGUCUUUGUGGGUAUAGAAGCUAGAGACGACCAUCCCUCCUUGCCUCACGACAAUUCGACACUGUUGCCGCACAAGAGGCCGAAACGGGAGAUGUUUUAGACCUCCGAAAAUAUUUUACGGUGAUGCGUUAACGAUUUCAAGAGGAUUUAAGAAAGCUGGGAUCACGCAAACUGGGAACGAGCAGGAAGCGAAAAUAAACGGCAGUUUCUGUCACGGUUGGAAGUUUUGACGGAUUUCAAAACAGAGUGGAUUCUGUGAAUGUGAUUGUAAACACUUCUGGGGUUGACACGAAUGUAGGCUAAUUGCGUAGGACAGAAAGUCUCUGUAGGCUAAUAGCAAUUUUCCUUUUUCCAAUGGACUCGCAUUUGGAGACUGCUUGCACACCAAGUAUGGAAUUACCCCUGUAAUGUGGAUUGCAAUUUCAUUUGAAGAAAAUAAAGGUCUACUCCAGAACAAUGUGAAAAGAUACGCAUCCUGGAUUCUAAUGUUUCUGGAUAUCUUGAAAAUUAUUGGCAACAGUUGAAAGAAAGUCGUUAUGCUCAACCGAUUUUUGCUCAGGUGUCUUGCCUGCUCCGACCGUGGGACCAAAAUGGAUUUGACGCCACUACAGACCCCGGUCCCCCUUUUACAGAAGUUCUAACAGUUAUUACACUUUGUUAUUACUGUUUUAAACUUUACAAAUGCUUUGGAAGAAAUCGCCAGACGACCCGCUUGGAUUUUAAAUCGACAUUUGCAUUUGGAAUUUCAAUCAUGAACUUUGACAGUUUGAUAACAUUAUUUCUCCUGUCACUUCUGUAUUUGUCAGCUGUCAAGAGUGCCCACAUACAUAAGGAAGGAGGGAGGAGUGCGCAUGACGGCGUGAUCUCCUUCAUGGAGGUGUACAAUAAGAGCCUGUGUCAGCCCAGGGAGCUGCUGGUAGAGAUCCUACAGGAGUACCCAGAGGAGGUAGAACACAUCUUCAUCCCAUCCUGUGUGGUGCUGACGCGCUGUGCAGGCUGCUGCAACGACGAGAUGCUACAGUGUACGCCAACCUCCACGCAUAACAUCACCAUGGAGAUAAAAAGAAUAAAACCCCACAAGCAACAAAAUGAUAUCUUCAUGAGUUUUACAGAACACAAUGCAUGUGAAUGCAGGCCAAAGAAUGAAGUGAAAGAACAGAAAGAAAAAAAACCCUGGAAGGGCAAAGGCCAAAAGAGAAAGCGAAAGAAAAAGCGCGACAAAAAGAAUGGCCACGCUCAGUGCGAGCCAUGUUGCGAUGGCUGUUUAGCGAGGAGAAAGCGUUUGUUCAUCCAGAACCCUCUGACCUGCCAGUGUUCCUGCAGAAACUCUGACGCCGACUGCAGGGCACGUCAGCUGGAGCUCAACGAGAGGACCUGCAGAUGUGACAAGCCCAGAAGAUGAGUCUAAGCUUAAGAGGAAACAACGUGAAGGGACAUUCACAAGAUAUUUCACAGCACUUUCAACUCUGAGCUUAUCUUCUUUGUGGAAAGUGUUCCCCUGGACUGACUGAGAAACAGCAGAGAGAAAGGAGAGGGGGAGAGAGAAAGAAGUAAUACAUUAAUAGAAAAAUAAUCCCAAUGUAUCUGUAUAUACUAAGAGAGAGAUAAAGAAAAAGUACAGAAUUUGUAUUGCUGCUAAAAGAGCUAACUAAAACCCAUCGUUUGGCGUUUGACUGGACUACGGUUUUGUUGUUGAUUCAUUUAUGCAAAUACUUCACUGGAUAUGUGUGAGUGUACUGUGGUUAUGUGUCAAAUCAUGAGGAACAAAACCUUGCUAUGUGGUACGUAUAUCCACAGAAUAGAAGAGGAAGAGAAGAUGAAGGAAGAACAUUCUUCCUCUUAAACAUUCUUCAUGACCCAUAGACUCCCUUUGCAGGAGCCCAAUGGCAAUGGCAGGACAGCCAAUGGGAGAUGGGGAUCCGUCCCUUUAUGACAGCACUUCCUUUACCUUAAAGGAAGUUCUAGAGCUGAUGCGUGGAACGUGUGGGAAGCUAGAACUGUGUAUUUUGCUGCCCUAGCUAGCAGCGGAACUGGAUUUGGAGUGCCAUAAAACCUUUAAAGGGAUACUGAUGAUUGAUUUUGGUAUAUAUGGAAACCACUAGAAACAACUGAUACUGUAGCUUGAUUCCAUUGAGAAACUGUGCCUCACACACUGUGCUAAUCACUUUAGAGUGAGAAAUCCUGAAUUAGCUUCUUAAAUUAUUUUUGUUUAUUUUUGGGGGAGGGGAGGGGGAUGGUAUGCUGUCUGUGGUUAAACUCAAUACAGAAUGCAAAAGUAUCGAUGGCAAGCAGUCUGUAUAUACUAUACAUACUUAAUAUUCAUUAUGUCAUAGUCCACUAUAGAUAAUUUAUAAUGUUAGAGUAUUUUCAGUAUUCAGUCCUCUACCCAUAUUUAAUUUGAUCUAUUUAUAUAUCAAGUGUUAUGUUCCUUUGGGUUUCCCCCCUUCCUGCUAUGUGAUGCCAUUGUGGUCUCCAUUCUGCCUAGCUACAAGGAGACACUUUGCUCUAGGCUUUUAUAAGAAAAAGAAAAACCUUUACGUUAACAUUCCUGAAAUGGAUCAUUUAUAUGGACGCCAUCUAUUCUGGAUUUAUCAACCAUUUUUAUAGAGGGUGGAGGUUCUGCGUGUGAUUUUUAACCUGCUCUAUGGUCUUGGCGUGUGUGUGUGUGUGUGUGUGUGUGUGUGUGUGUGUGUGUGUGUGUGUGUGUGUGUGUGUGUGUGUGUGUGUGUGUGUGUGUGUGUGUGUGUGUGUGUGUGUGUGUGUGUGUGUGUGUGUGUGUGUGUGCGUGUGUUGCAGAGGAGGCUUAUGCUUGUCUUGAGCUCCAUCACGCAAAUAACAAUAAACCAUUGCUAAAAGAAAGCUUGGCCUACCAAGUCAACUGUUUGUAUUACAGCUAGCAACCUGCAAUAUCAAGAAUAUAUGAUUUCAUGAUAAUAGUACUUAUUGUUUCUUUUCCAAUAUUAACAUGUUAUUUUCUGUGACAGUGUAAAGUAGUAAAGCAUAUUUAUUUACAAAUUA